GUGGCGAUGGCGCACGAGGCUCCGCACCCGUUCCCCACGGUGGACGUUCCCGACCACGCGCACUACACCAUUGGCUCGGUCAUCCUCGCCAUCGGCAUCACCGGCAUGAUCGGAAACCUCCUGGUGAUCUACGCCUUCAGCAAGAGUCGCAGUCUGAGGACCCCGGCCAACAUGUUCAUCAUUAACUUGGCGAUCACCGACCUGCUGAUGUGCGUCACUCAGGCGCCCAUCUUCUUCACCACCAGCAUGCACAAGAGGUGGAUCUUCGGAGAGAAAUGCUGCGAGGUGUAUGCGUUCUGUGGCGCUCUCUUCGGGAUCUGCUCCAUGAUCACGCUGACAGUGAUCGCCAUUGACCGAUACUUCGUCAUCACGCGACCUCUGACCUCCAUUGGGGUGCUGUCACGAAGACGAGCGUUCUUCGUCCUCCUGGGCGCCUGGACCUACUCGCUGGCCUGGAGCCUGCCGCCAUUCUUCGGCUGGAGUGCGUACGUCCCUGAGGGUCUGCUGACGUCCUGCAGCUGGGACUACAUGACCUUCACCCCGUCGGUGCGAGCGUACACCAUGCUGCUCUUCAUCUUCGUCUUCUUCCUACCACUCUUCAUCAUCAUCUACUGUUACUUCUUCAUCUUCCGCGCCAUUCGCAGCACCACCCAGGCUGUGGGGAUGUCUGGCAGCAUCCACAGUCACGGCAGCACUCGGGACUCGACGAAGAAGUUCCAGCGUGUGCAGAGCGAGUGGAAGUUGGCGAAGAUCGCUCUGAUCGUCAUCCUGCUGUACGUCGUGUCCUGGUCCCCCUACUCCGCCGUCGCUCUCACCGCCUUCUCAGGGUACGCAGACAUGUUGACUCCCUACAUGAACUCUGUGCCCGCCGUCAUCGCCAAGGCCUCCGCCAUCCACAACCCCAUCAUCUACGCCAUCACACACCCCAAAUACAGGAUAGCGUUAGCGAAGUACAUCCCGGGUCUCGGCACUCUGCUCUGCGUCCAUCCUCGAGACCUCCGCUCCGCCAGCAGCAGCUUCGUGUCGACGCGCCGCUCCACCGUCACCAGCCAGACCUCCGACGUCAGCAACCACGCGAGGUCGCAGAGCUACAGCAAGACCCGCCUCUCCUCCGUCUCCGACAGCGAAUCGGGUCUGACAGAUAUCGAGGCUGAUGGGUCCAGCAUGGGGUCGCGACCCGCCAGCCGCCAGGUCUCCUGUGACAUCAGCAGAGACACCGCUGAGCUCCCAGAGUUCAAACCCUCCGCCAGCUUCAAGUCCAAGAUCAAGAGCCACGACUCGGGGAUAUUCGAAAAGGCGUCCUGUGAUCCUGAUAUUUCCACGGCAGGAGUCAGUGAACGCAGCAGUGUCCCAAAUACGGAAGAGGCGGAGGUACACGUGAGGAGAGGCACGCUUGGUCGAAUCCCAAGUAUCGUCAUCACCUCGGAGUCCAGCCCCUUCCUUCCCAUUGGACGAAACGGCUCCUACAAUGGCCGAUCAAAGACAGCCAAUCACAGCAACACAGGGGAGGGGCCUGGGUAG